CAGUGUAACAGCAGAACAGGAUAAAGGUUCAGCAGCUGCCUCAGUCUAGGGGAGGAUGCUGUGUAUUUUUCAAAAUCUGAACUUACAUGCAAUGUUGCAAAGAUUGUUUUCCAAAUGUCUUUAUGACUUUAUUAGCUGGAUAGGCAAAACAACAGGACUUAUGUAUGUAUAAACAGUACAUACAGUAUAUUUUGUUGCCUGAUAUAUGUGAAUAUUUUCGCAGAUAUUUUAGAACAUAAAAGUAGAAAACUUCCUUAAACUGUCAAAGGUUUUUCACAAUGGUUGAUUGUAAUUGUACUGCUGUCAGUGAAUAAUGGUAAAGUUUUCACUUUUGAAAAAGGACAUUUUGAAUCUCUGUCAUGUGUGAGCCUAGAUAUCUACUAUCUGAAAUGUGUUAGUUAUACUGAAAAAUUCUGGUAAAAAUGUUGAAAUGUAAACACAAACAUAAAUACAUGCAGACUUAUGUUAUGUGUCUUGUUGAAAUAAGUGUUCAAUAGGAAAUCUUAAUCAGGCCAUUUUAAUACCUAGUAACUUUCCUUUUUGUCCUCUUUUGAUCUGUCUUUUCCUCUCCCUCCAUCACUCUCACUUCUCUUCUUCCAGCUCUGCUGCUGUGCAGACAUGAAGAGCAACAACAGCCUGAAUCCUUUAUACUUUCAGUUCACACUUUUUGGAGAUUCUGUGCCCCUCAGAUAUCUGUUCUUCUGUCUGUGUCUGUUGAUCUACAUGACUAUAAUCUCUGCAAAUGUUCUCAUUAUUCUGACAGUCUGCCUGGAGAAGACUCUGCAUCAACCCAUGUACAUGUUUAUCUCCUUUCUGUCUUUAAACUCUCUGUACGGCUCAGUCGGCUUCUUCCCGAGAUUCCUGAUGGACAUUCUGUCUGACACUCAUUUGAUCUCACGUGCAUCUUGUUUCAUUCAGAUGUAUGUUAUCUACAGCUAUGCAUCAUACGAACUGACUAUCCUCGGCAUCAUGGCCUACGAUAGAUUUGUUGCUAUUUGCCAACCUUUACACUAUCACAGCAAAAUGACGUUGAGUAUGGUGAGGCAUCUUUUGAUUUUUGCUGUGCUCUACCCUGCAGUUGCUCUUAGCUUCAGUCUUUAUCUUACUGUUCGAUUGCCUUUGUGUGGAAAUAAACUGCACAGGGUUUUCUGUUCUAACUUGCCUGUGGUUCAGCUCUCCUGUGUGGACACAACCCUGAACAACAUAGUCGGUCAGUUUGUUAUGAUUACAAACAUCUUCAUGCCUCUUUUCUUUAUCCUGUACACCUAUCUACGGAUUCUGCUUGUGUGCAGGAGAAGCUCAUCUGAAUUCAGAGGAAAGGCCUUACAAACCUGCCUGCCCCACAUGGUGACAUUUGUGACCUAUUCGUUCUCUCUCGUCUGUGAGCUGUCACUGACUCGAUUUGAGGCUGAUAAAAUUAAUCCAGUCAUCACAGUUGUUUUAUCUUUAGAGUAUUUGAUCUUUCCCCCCAUCAAUAACCCUCUAGUUUAUGGCCUGAAUCUGCCUCAAAUCAAAGGAGUGAUUUUUAGAUUUUUGAAGAUACACAAAAUGGUUCCUGCUGUCAAAAUUUAAAACUCAUCAUGCACAUACUGUAUAGCAAACAAUGAAGCUUUAAGCCAGUGUUGUUGACAAAAUAUACUUCUGGAAUAUGUUGAAUGUAUUUAUCCAUGGAUUUUUUUGCGAUCACAUUAAUUUUAAGGAGACCUGAAUAUCUAUGAAUAGAAUAGAUGUAAUAUUAAAAUAGAUAAACCGGAACCACAACAAUGAUAUUGAUAUUGUACAAGUUAAUGUAUUGUUCAACUGACAGCUCCACAGGCGAAAAUACAUAUUUGAAACUCACUAGCCUAGAAUUCGAUUUGAUAGGUUUUUAGGUGUGUAUGGUGGGAAUUUGGAUGUUAGAUGUAUCUUUGUACUCUGCAUUUAUUCUAUGUGUUAACAUUAUUUUGUUUUCAUGUUGUGAAUCGGUUUCCCUUUGUGAUUAUAAUAACACUUAACUGUAAUGACGUAGGAUAAUCAACAAACAAGACUAAGAGUGUACAGACAUGCUAGCUGUACUUAGAAGCUGUACUUUGUCACCAUGUUCUGCAACAUCAUCAUGCUAAACAUGCUCACAAUGACAAUACUAACAGGUUUAUGAUUACCAGGUUUGUAUUAGACAAAUUAAAUUUCAGACCUGAUGAUUGCACUAGAUGAAAAGUUAGAGGAUCACCUGAGUUUUUACAGUUCAACCUGAUAUUAAUGUCUGUACAAAAUGUCAUGGCAAUCCAUACCGUAGUUGUUGAGAUAUUUGAACCAAAGUGGCUUUUUUAGUCUUAAUUUUAUCACAUAUUUUCUUGUACUGUCACUGUUGAGUCAUUUGUAUGUUGUUCUAUAAUACUGGAAUAAAGUUUUUAAAACUAAGAUGUA